UCCGCAUUGACGUGGAAACAUUCUCUACGAGGAAAGGAGUACAUAUGACUGGGAACAAGCAGUAACAAGGACCACAACAGUGACAGAUUGACAAGUGAGUCAGCAGCAUCUAGCAUUACUGCUUAAAUGGCUGCAGCACCCAGAUCCGGAGCAACACUACAUAUAAAGCCUCCAGAUGGCUUUUCCACACGAGGAGAGGCUUCUUCUGUGUCCAAGCGAUGGAAGGAUUGGCUAGCAGCUUUUGAAAUCUACCUUGACGUGGCAAAUGUGGGAAAAGACAGCCGAAAGAGAGCAUUACUUCUACACACAGCUGGAUUGGAAGUUCAAGAAAUUUGCCGUGGACUGUUUUCAAAUAGUGCCGUUGCUACAUAUACAGAUUUGGUCACAGCACUGAACAAACAUUUUAUUCCAGUGGGGAAUUUUAGGCAUGAGCGCUUUGUCUUCAACAGCUGCGCACAAAAGCAAGACGAAUCUGUUAGUGCAUACACAACAAGGUUAAGAAAGUUGGCUGCCACAUGUGAAUUUGAGAAGAUCAAGGGUGAGGAUGAUAUCAUUAUUGACCAGAUAAUAGCAAAGUGCAACUCGAAGCAUUUGAGAAGAGAGUUACUACAGGAGCCUAACCUCACCCUCGGCAGAGUUUUGGAGAUUGCCAGGGUGAUGGAGACAACCAAUAAAACUAGGAGGGUGAAGGAGCAACAGCUAUGCAUUCGGUGUGGCAGAGAAGGUCAUAAUCCUAAUGACAAAGGAAGAUGCCCAGCAGCAGACAGAUAUUGCCAUUAUUGUGGGAAAAAAGGUCAUUUUCAGCCAAUGUGUCGACUUCGCUGGGUUGAAGACGACAAUGAAGACAAAGAUUAUGAAGAAGAGAAUGCUUGUAAAUCCCAGUAACACUGCAGUGGUCCUGUAGUUGAACACAGGAUCAGAUGUAUUGGACACAUCAGAAAGAGAAUGAAAUCAUAAUAUUUGCUGUCAAAUAUUAAAGACUCCAGUUAGGGUUUUCAAGAUUACAAUUCACAAGGAAUCUCAGUUGUAGACUUGGCAGUGACAGAGGUCAAAUAAACGAAUUAGUAGAUAGGGAAAAAAGGUGAUAUUGCAUAGCCUAAAUUGCUAAACCCUCACGAGUUGAACCUGAAUAAAUGGUCUUAUAAGACUAUUAAGGUAAACCAAACAUCAACAAACUUAGUGCUAGACUUAAGAGUUGUUAAUAAAGUUCAUAUGUUCUUGUGUAUCCAUAUAAAACAAAUAUUGACUGUUUUAAGUCGUAAGUUGCUAUCUCAGGCACCACACAAGAUCAAAACUGAAAGUAGAUCCACUAUGAGCACCAGAAGACAACAAAUGUAAUAAAUAUGUAUCACCUGUAUAUAACACUAAAAUAAGCCCUCUGCUAUCAAAGGUACCUCAAAGAUUUAACCCAUUCGCGAUGGGGAAAAUGCCGAGCUCUACACAUAGUUGGCUCUGCCGUACCUGAUUUCACCUUUCCUUGAAUUGGUGGGAAAAUGUAUUUUUUUGCUAGUGCUAUGAAUAUCGAUGUUAUUUUUAUUAUAAACAUUAUAAUUACUAUAAUGUUAUAAACAAUAACAAUAACAA